CUACAGGAUCGGGAUAAGCUGGAUCAUGUCCAGGGCGUGCUAGUCACAGCCCGGCCGGCGGCAGUGCAGACCACUACUCUCCUGCUGCCCAUUGAUGAGCUCUCCAAUACACCCUCGCUGGCCUCUAGCGUGAACAGCGCCAAGGUGAAGUUCCUCGAUGAUCCACAGUCGAAUGACUCUGGCAUCUCGGCCUCCUCGCAGAGCAACAACAACCUCGAAGCCAAGCAGCAGCAGCCGCUCAAGCUGACUGUGGUCACCCGCCAGGAACAGCGUUACAUUGGACCCAACUGCUCCAACAUGACACCGGAGCCGCCGCUGCAGACCAGAACCAUUUCCAUGCCGCAGCUGAGCGGCCUGCCUACCAAGGGCGUGAUUCAGCGGCUUAUAGCCUCCCAUGGCAAGCUGGUGACACCCAAUAUUCCCCUGCGGGACUCGGAGGGCAGGCCUUUGCGUCGAGGCUAUGUGCCCGUCUAGCGGAAGGUCCAGCGGGAGCUUCAGGAUCUCAAGUCGCGCGAGACGGGCAGGCAGAACACACUGAAGGCUUCGCUGGACAAGCUGCGAGUACAGGACAAGGCUUUUAAGAAUCGUACUCUUAUCAUCUUACAGUUUUCCUCUCCAGCCAACUCAGCACUCUGAGGUGGAGCACUGCUAUGGAUCCGGAAAACUGCGCAAUGCUUAGUCCA